CUUGUUAAUCAAUUGGCAUUCUCCUUCUUAGCUCUCCUCCUCGCAGCGUUUUCCAUUGUAGUUGACAUCGGUUGACUCAUUUACAGCAUCGAAACUGUGAGUAGAGGAGAAUGGCUGGGGAAGAACAGAAUACUCAGCAGCCUACAGGAGGCAAAGGGGUCGGUUUUCAGACCAAAAAACAGAACAUUUCCAGGGGGGAACUCCCUAAACAAAAGGGAGCCAGAGGGAUUAUUGUUCAUGAAAAGGUGAAGGCUAUGGAUGAAGUAGGAGCAUCUGUUGCUUCGAAAAAAGGGAAACGAGGAUGUCCUACCUCAGAACUAUCAGAACAGAAGAGGGAACAAAUGCAAAAUGAAGAUUGUCAAAGAUGCAGGAAAAAAAUGAAAGCUGAAUUCAGAAGAUUUCAGCAAAAAGAAAAAAAGCUCAAGGCCUUGUGUGAAAAGCUUGGAGUUGCUGAAGAAGGUUUAGAGGCUGAAUUCAGAAGACUUCAGCAAAUAGAAAUAAAGCACAAUGCCUUGUGUGACAAGUUUGGAGUUGCUCAACAGGCUUUAGAGAUGCCAAUUGAUGAUUUCAUGGAAUUGGAUGACCUGCCAAUUGAUGAUUUCAUGGAAUUGGAUGACCUGCCAAUUGAUGAUUUCAUGGAAUUGGAUGACCUGCCAAUUGAUGAUCAAUAUAAAAAUAAGAGUCUGAGGCUCCAAAAUAUCGAGGAAGGCACCGUGAAUGAGGAAGUUAAUCAAAAUACCAUGCCAAUUGAUGAUUUCAUCGAAUUGGAUGACCUGACAGGCUUCAUGAUGUUUCGAUCUAUGUUUGGUGGUCAAUCAUCUACCACUGGAGGCGAGGGAGCCGUCAUAAAUAAGUCUCCUCAUCAAUAUGAAUUGCAAUUGGAGGAUUAUAAUGAUCAGAUCGAAUUUAGUUCAUCAAAACAUUAUUCCUUGAACAAAUUAGAAAAUAAAAUAAUUAAAUAAAAUAAAGAUCAUAGUAAUUAAGGAAUGCAUAUUCUUAAGUUGAACCGUUUCUCUUAUGGUCGGUUGGAAGAGGGACCUUCCUGUACUUACUAUAAGAAAAAUGGUUCGACUGUAGAAUAUGCAUUUCUCAGUUAUUAUGCUCUUUGUUUAAUUUAAUAAUCUUAUUUUUUUUAAUUUGAUCAAGAAAUAAUUAUUGAUUUCAACUAUAUUAAAUCAGGUAUGUCUACCUUUUAUAGUUAUUGGUAUUUUUGAAUCAUCUUUUGGGAAUCUUGUUUUACAAUUCAAACUGCAUUGAACUAUAAAACAAAGAUCAUUAGAUGGGGAAAGGGCCCCUAAUAUGAAGGGGUCCAACUCUCAUCUAAUGGUUGGUGUUGUACGGUUUAGUACAAUUUAGACUGUAGAAGCAAGACUUUUUCCUUAUCUUUUACCCCUCUUAUUUACUAGGGAUAUCUGAAUUCUAAAGCCAUGUUUUCUCGUAUCGUUUUUCUUCAUAUCUUCUCUUUUCCUCAUCUUUUUUAGGGGAUUGGCAGCUUGGGUAGCAAAGGUCGCGCAAUCUUCAAUACCUAGAGCUGGCAGGCUUAAUGUUAAAUGUUUUUCUUUGUGUACAACAUAUAGGGUGUGUAGAUCUUUGAGCGUGAUUGACAUGUGUGAGACGCUCACUUGGUGUGUUAUCAAUGAGUUUGAGCACAGCAACUAAGUUGGUUUUAUUCUGUUGGGUUUUUAAUGUAUUUUGGUAAUGACCAAAAUAAUUUAGUGUUUGUCUCUUUUUAUUGAAAGUAAAAGGUCUUGAAUUCAAGUCAUAUGGCAUGUGAGUGGAGUGAAAUAAAGGAUGGGAGAUGGUUGCCUCCUCUUGUGCAACCAAAAAAGAAAAAAAAAAGUAUUUU